AUGCAACGACAACGAGAAGAGGCGCAGGGGAUAACAAUUUGGACGAGGAAAAGGCGGCGAGCGGGGGGAGGCCGGGUCGAUGGCGCAUGGGGUUUGAAGGUCUGGUUGAUGGCGACGGCGGCUGAAGCCCUGGUCGACGGCGAGCAAGGGAGGUUGGGUCGACGGCAACAGGGGCUGAAGCCCUGGCCGAUGGCGAGCAAGGGAGGCCUCAGCGGUAGGAGACGAGACAUGGAGGAGAUAAGAGGCAGGGGAGAGUGGAGGAGAAGUGAGGCGGCGGGGGAGCAGAUGUGA